AUGCUGAAUAUGCUGUUGUUGAGUUGGGGGGUGCUGCAGGGAAUCCAGACCAUCCUCACCUCUGACCUCAGCAGCAGUCACCUGUCAGAGAUGCACCGCAGUCUGGAUGGGGCAGACAGGUCCAGCUACCCUAGCCUUCUGCGGAAAGUCAAGGAGGCACCCGUGGGACCCGCAGGGACUUUACCAAGGCCUGGGUUUGACAGGAUGGCUAUGGAGCUCCGCGUAGCUGAUGAGGACCUCAUAAAGGAAGCCAGUGUACUGGAGCCAGAGGUGUUGUCUGCUGCACUGGAGGCUCAGGGCCGAGAGGAGCGCUCUCCACGCAGAUGCGUCCGCCUGCUGGAAUCCUGCCUUGGGCACCAGCUCCCUUGCUGUGAUCCUUGUGCCACCUGCUACUGCCGCUUCUUCAAUGCCUUUUGCUAUUGCAGGAAAAUCAAUGCCACAUUCCCAUGUGGCAAGAACUAG